ACGGGAGAGGCUGAGCGGCUCCAGCCCGGCCCGGCCCGGCCCGGAGCGACCCGCGCUGAGCCCGCCCGGCCUGUGCGGCUGCGGGGGGACAGCACUCGGCUGGAGGGACAGAACCCAGAUAGAGGGGACAGAACUCUGCUGGAGGGACAGCACUUGGCCAGAGGGGACAGCACUCGGCUGGAGGGGACAGAACUCGCUGGAGGGGACAGCACUCGGCUGGAGGGGACAGCCGGGCUGAGAGCCGCAGGUCACUGAUAUCUGGGACCAGGGGACCCACUGGACAGCUAUGAAGAGCUCUGUGCUCUGAGUGAACAAAGGCACUGUGGGCCUGGAGACGCAGAAGUGACUUCCAGAGGAUCCUCUCAGGAGCUCGGCCUGUAGAGUGGAGAACUUGUAAUCUGGUUGUGCUGACCCCGGAAAGCUGAGCAAAGCAUCAUGAGCAGCCAUCAGACAGUAAAAAUCUUCAAGAAAUCUUCUAUCCCAGGAGUUGUUGUCACUCAGUUUGUGAAUGAUGUUCCAGAAGGAUGCAGUACACCUGAUUUUGAGAAGAAACCACUCACUCUGACUCUGCAGGAAGGGAAAGAUGCCAUUUUCAGAGCUGUGGUCAAAGGUGUCCCAGCUCCUGAGGUGAAAUGGUCACGUACACAGAAAGGAAUGGAUGAUCCUGCCAAAUAUCAAAUGUCCUUCAAUAGUGCUACAAAUGAAUUCAUUCUGCAGAUCAAGAGCCUGGCCCUGGGUGACAGUGACUUGUAUCGCUGCUGUGCUGUCAAUGCCUACGGAGAGGCCUCGUGCUCUGCUGGCCUCAGGAUCCUCCAAGUUGGCUUUAAGAGGAAGGCAAAAUAUGUUCCUGUUCAUGCUGCUGAUGAGCUCAAGAAGACACUCCAGGACUCCAGGAAGAUGCUGAGGAAGAGGGCUGCAGCACCAAAACCAAAGCCCCUGGACAAAGAAGCUGUGUGGCAGCUGCUGCUGAAUGCAGAUAGGAGAGAUUAUGAGAAAAUCUGUAUAAAAUAUGGAAUUGCUGACUUCCGUGGGAUGCUGAGGAAGCUGCAGGAGAUGAGGAAAGAAACGGAGAGUGAACAAGACAAGUUAGUUCACAGUCUCAAAAACUUUGAACACAUCAGAGUCAACAAGGAGGGAAAUGCUACCUUCAGCCUGGAGAUGGAGCUGAAAAACAGCAACAGCAACGUUUACCUGCUCAAGGACGGCGAGCGGCUGCGCUACGGCACCGGGGACGAGUACAGGAAGCACGGCCUGCGGCGGGUGGGCAGGCGCUACUGCUUCACCAUCAACGACGUGCAGCCCGAGGACGCGGGCGUCUACCAGGUCAGGGUGGAGGACGUCCCUGUCUUCUCAACAGAACUGGAUGCUCAAGCCAUCCCGGCGCGGUUCCGGCAGCCGCUCUCCGACGUGCGCUGUGCCGAGGCCGGCGACGCCGAGUUCCAGUGUGUGCUGUGCACGCCCUGCCACCAGCCCCUGUGGCUGCACAAAAGCCGCCCCCUCCAGGCCAGCGACAAGCACCAGAUGUCUGUGACACCCGAUGGCCUGAGCCACAAGCUGACCGUGAGGAACGUGGGGCCCUCGGACAGCGGCCUGUACACGCUCGACGCGGGACAGGGCUCCUCCAGCGCCUGGCUCCUCGUGGAGUAUGCCAAAGGAAAGAGGAGUCAGGAUGAAGAAGAAAAGAUUGUAAGGGAGACAUCUGAGUGGCUGAAAGAAACAAUGGCAGACAACGAAAGGGCGAGGAAGCUUCGGCGCCAGGAGCAAGCUGCUGCUGAAGAGCGUGCUUCCUUCUCCACAUCCUCUGCUGGGGAGAAAAGUGGCUGGCGCAGAACAGGUCAAGGCAGCAGUCAAGGCAGGGGCCAAGCACACUCCCUUGAUUCUGGAGAUGGAAGCCAAAUUUUUUUGGGAAAAGAAGGGCUACGCAAAACCCACAUGAAUGGAGAGAUGGGGUCUGGGCAGUUUUCUGGAGCAGGUCUAGAUGGAGACUCAGCAGCCAAUGAUGGCAGCAUCUUUGGACUGAAAGGGGGCAGAAGUGGGUUAAGGGCUGUCCAUGGCAUGGACUCUGUGUCAGGCACUGCAGGUCCUGGUGGUGCAGGAGGACGGGCAGGUGAACGGAAUUCUGUAGAUGGCAGAGGUGAAGGUUUGCUGAGUGCUGUUGACAUUGACAUGGGUGAUGGAGAAGGUUUGGGCUCUCAGCAUGACAAGGAUGGGAAUUUAGGUGAUGCCAGUUACAGAGCUGGUUUUGGGGGUGCUGGGAGGUUGGGUGGUGGAAGUUCUGUGCCAGAUGGGCUUGAUCCUGAUUCAGCUGGAGUGGGAGCCAGUGUGGGUGAUCUGUUCAGCAGGACUGGUCCAGGAACUGGAGCUGGGGGGAAUGCUGCAAGUGCUGGAAUGGCAGGAGGAAUGAGGUUCCACCAUGGCAAGGAUGGGCAUGCCACUGUGGGUGAUAUGAAUGGAGCAGGUAUAAACAGAGAGGGACAAACAGGGACUCCCUAUGGCAAGGAUGGUCUGACACCUCAUGCCAGUGGUCAGUUAGGGCAGACAGGAAGAUCUGGCUCAUUGUAUGGGCCAGGAGGCCUUCCAGGUGGAGAUGGAGCUACACCUGGAAGAGGUGGCAAUUCCACAGGAGAAAUGGAGGCUUUGUAUGGUCCAGAUGGCCAGGCACUGGGAGCAGGUGCUGGUGGAGUUGGUGCAGGGGGAUUUGGGUCUCCCUAUGGAAAGGAUGGUCUCCCAGCUGGCUCUGGUUUUGGGGGUGUUGGUGCAGGGGGACUUGGAGCUCCCUAUGGGAAAGAUGGUCUUCCAAUUGGAGCAGGUGCUGGUGGGGCUGGUAGUGCAGGGGAACUUGGAUCUCUCUAUGGGAAGGAUGGUCUCCCAGCUGGGGCUGGUGGUGCUGGUGCAGGAGGUUUUGGAGAGGCUUUGUAUGGCCCAGAUGGUCGGCCACUUGGGGCAGGUGCUGGUGCAGGGGGAUUUGGAGCUCCCUAUGGAAAGGAUGGUCUCCCAGCUGGAGCAGGUGCUGGUGGUACAGGAGGAUUUGGGGAGGCUUUGUAUGAUGGUCGGCCACUUGGAGCAGGUGUUGUUGCUGGUGGUGGUGCAGGGGGAUUUGGAUCUCCCUAUGGGAAGGAUGGUCUCCCAGCUGGAGCUGGUGGAACUGGUGUAGGAGGACUUGGAGAGGCUUUGUAUGGCCCAGAUGGUCGGCCACUUGGAGCAGGUGUUGGUGCUAGUGCUGGUGCAGGGGGAUUUGGAUCUCCCUAUGGGAAGGAUGGUCUCCCAGUUGGAGCUGGUGGAGCUGGUGCAGGAGAGGCUUUGUAUGGCCCAGAUGGUCGGCCACUUGGAGCAGGUGCUGGUGGGGCUGGUGCAGGGGGAUUUGGAAUUUCGUAUGGAAAGGAUGGUCUGCCAGUUGGAGCAGGUGCUGGUGGGGCUGGUGGUACAGGGGGACUUGGAUCUCCCUAUGGGAAGGGUGGUCUCCCAGCUGGAGCUGGUGGAGCUGGUGUAGGAGGACUUGGAGAGGCUUUGUUUGGCCCAGAUGGUCGGCCACUUGGAGCAGGUGUUGGUGCUGGUGCUGGUGCAGGGGGAUUUGGAUCUCCCUAUGGGAAGGAUGGUCUCCCAGCUGGUGUGGGUGUUGGUGGAGUUGGUGCAGGGGGAUUUGGAGCUCCCUAUGGAAAGGAUGGUGUCCCAGUUGGAGCUGGCGGAGCUGGUGCAGGAGAGGCUUUGUACGGCCCAGAUGGUCGGCCACUUGGAGCAGGUGUUGGUGGUGCUGGUGCAGGGGGAUUUGGAAUUCCGUAUGGAAAGGAUGGUCUCCCAGUUGGAGCUGGUGUUGGUGGAUCUGGUGGUACAGGGGGAUUUGGAUCUCCCUAUGGGAAGGAUGGUCUCCCAGUUGGAGCUAGUGGAGCUGGUGUAGGAGGACUUGGAGAGGCUUUGUAUGGCCCAGAUGGUCGGCCACUUGGAGCAGGUGUUGGUGGUGCUGGUUCUGCAAGUGCCACGGGAACUGGAGCUCCCUAUGGAAAGGAUGGUCUGCCAGUUGGAGCAGGUGCUGGUGGGGCUGGUGGUGCAGGAGGAGUUGGGGGUCCCUAUGGAAAGGAUGGUCUCCCAGUUGGAGAUGGUUUUGGUGGUGUUGGUGCAGGGGGACCUGGAGCUCCCUAUGGGAAGGAUGGUCUCCCAACUGGAGCAGGUGUUGGUGUUAGUGGUGCAGCAGGUGUUGGGGGUCCCUAUGGAAAGGAUGGUCUCCCAGCUGGGGCUGGUGGGGCUGGUGCAGGGGGAUUUGGAUCUUCCUAUGGGAAGGAUGGUCUCCCAGCUGGAGCUAGUGGAGCUGGUGUAGGAGGACCUGGAGAGGCUUUGUAUGGCCCAGAUGGUCGGCCACUUGGAGCAGGUGUUGGUGGUGCUGGUGGGGCUGGUGGUGCAGGGGGUGUUGGAGCUCCCUAUGGAAAGGAUGGUCUGCCAAUUGGAGCAGGUGCUGGUGUUGGUGGUGCAGCAGGUGUUGGGGGUCCCUAUGGAAAGGAUGGUCUCCCAGCUGGAGCAGGUGCUGGUGUUGGUGGUGCAGGGGGUGUUGGAGGUCCCUAUGGACCAGAUGGUCUCCCACUUGGAGCAGGUGGUGCAGGGGUUGUUGGGGGUCCCUAUGGAAAGGAUGGUCUGCCAGCUGGAGCUGGUGUUAGUGGUGCAGGUGGUAUUGGAGCUCCCUAUGGAAAGGAUGGUCUCCCAGUUGGAGCAGGUGCUGGUGUAGCUGGUGGGGCAGGGGGUGUUGGGGGUCCCUAUGGAAAGGAUGGUCUCCCAGUUGGAGCAGGUGCUGGUGUAGCUGGUGGGGCAGGGGGUGUUGGGGGUCCCUAUGGAAAGGAUGGUCUCCCAGCUGGGGCUGUGGCAGGAGCUGCUCAUUUUGCUCUUGGAGGUGAGGAAGCGAUGGGAUUGGGCCGUGGCACGGAUGCCACACUGAGCAGAGCUCCGGGAUAUGCAGGUGGAGCAGGAGGAGAGGGCUUUUCCAGGGAAGGCUCUGCCCUGUGGGGUGCAGGGUCUCCCUAUGGUGAGGACAGAGGCUCAGGUGUAGCCACAGCUGGUGCAGGUGGAGCUGGGAGGCUGGGACGGGAUGGAUGGGAUUCAGUUGGUGGUAAAGGAGGUGUGGGAGCUGCUGGUGGCCCAGGAGGUGAAUAUGGGCUGGAUGCACAUCUUGGCAGAUCUUUGAGAGGUGAAACUGGAAAGGGCACUGCCAGUGAUGUCAGAGGGCCAGGGAACAAAGGUUCAGCUGGUGACAGAGGGCCCCUGUCAGGUCCAGGAGGAGCCAGGGGAGAGGGAGGAGAUUUCACACAGUUGGGCUCCCUUUAUUCUGCCUUUGGAGAGGCAGGGAGUAAAUCCCAUGACAGAUCUGUUGACGGGAGUAGCUCAGGUGGGUUUGGUCAAGGUCCACUGAGUUAUGGCCAGGUGUCAGGUCCUUUCGGUGGACCUCCUUCAGCAAACCAGAGAAACCAGGAACCUGACGUGGAUCUUAAAGCAAAUGAUUCCCUGAACAAGACGGAAAGCAAACAAAAGAGACGGAGUGUCCUGGAUGAUAUCAAAGUCCCGCGCUGUUACCUCAACAAGCAGCUGGCGACCGUGCGGGUGCUGAAGGGGGACCCGGCUGAGCUGUCCUGCACCGUCAGCAGGGACAACGUGACAGGAACCUGGUUCAAGGAUGGCCUAAAGUUAACAAGCAUGGAUGGAGUCGUAUUUGAAAAGAAAGGUCUUGUCCACAAACUGAUCAUCAACAAGGUUGAAGAUAUUCAUGCUGGGAAAUACAGGUUUGAAGGUGGAGAUGUAAAAACUGAAGCUUCAAUUUUUGUUGAAGAUCCUCCCCAGGUGGACAAAGUUCUCCUCAAGAACUUGACCAGUGUCCCCACGGUGGCCAAGGCUGGGGAGGGGGUGAAGCUGCGGAUCCCAUUCGAGGGUCGGGGGCCCAUCAGGGCAGCGUGGCUGAAGGACAGGAUGGAGCUGGGCGACGACUCCAGGAUCCGUGUGGACAAGACAGACACCUGCACCACGCUGUCCAUCUCCAGCUGCGACAGGAGGGACUGUGGGGAUUACAAAGUCAGGCUCAAGAACGACAGUGGUGUCCUGGAGAUCAACCUAAAGCUCAUGGUGAUAGACAAGCCACAGCCUCCAGCAGGACCCAUCAAAAUUGUUGAAAGCUCCGCCAACAACAUCACAAUCCAGUGGAAGCCCCCAAAGGACGACGGGGGCAAACCAGUGCAGAGGUACCUCGUGGAGAGGCAGCAGGUGGGCAGGAACGACUGGGAGGCUCUGGGAGAAACCCCCAGGAGCUGCACCAGCUUCACCACAAACAAAGUGGAGGAAGAGAUGAGCUACUACUUCAGGGUGAGGGCCGUGAAUGCUGAGGGAGUGAGCGAUGCGCUGGAGUCAGGGGAAGUGAAGGCUGCCGGUAAAGGUUCCCCUGGUGCCCCAGAUCGCCCUGAGAUCAUCAGUGCCAGCAAGGACACCAUCACCAUAUCCUGGAAAGCUCCUUGUAAAACCGGCACUUCCCAAAUUAAGGGAUACAUUGUUCAGAAACGCAAAAAGGGCACAGUGACCUGGCUGCCCGUCACCAACGCGCCUGUCAAAGACAAGAAACUGAAGGUGACAGGCCUCAAGAAGGGUGUGCAGUAUGAGUUCCGUGUGGCAGCUGUCAAUGCUGCUGGCACAGGAGAGCCCAGUGACCCCUCAGAGCCUGCCUUUGCCCGGGACCCCACCAAAUCUCCAGGCCAAGUGCAGGACCUUAAAGUGAGCAGCAGUGACAGCACCAGUGUCACCCUGACAUGGAACAAACCUGAAGUACAAGAUGGGAAUGAUGUGAAAGGCUAUGAGGUGGAGAUGAGGCCCUGUAACAGCCUCAGCUGGACCAAGUGCUUCACCCUCCCUGCCGGGAGCACCUCGUGCCGGGUGCAGGGCCUGCAGGCCAGGGAGAAGCUGUUCCUGCGCGUCAGGGCCCUCGGCGACGGCGGCCCCGGGGAGGCCACGGAGCUGGAGGCGUGUGCUGGAGCUGCUGCUGCUGCCCUGGUUCCUCCCAGGUUCCUGAUAGAUGACACAGUGAAAAGCUUCCUGCUUAUAAAAGCAGGGGAUCCCAUCCGGGUGAAGAUUCCCUUUGAGGGAUCUCCCGAGCCGGCGGUGACGUGGCUGAAGGACGGGCUGCCCCUGCCCGGCCGCGCUGCCGUGAGCACCGGGGAGGGGAGCAGCCAGCUCCUUCUGCGGGCAGCCGAGCCCGGCGACAGCGGCACCUACACUGUGGAGCUCGGGGAUGGGCUGGGCAAAAGCGAAACCUUCAGCUUCCAGGUUCAAGUCACAGAUGUCCCUCAGCCCCCUGGAGCCAUCCAGCUGGAGGAGAAUGUCCCCAACACAGUGACAGUGACCUGGGAGCCCUCAGCCUCUGAGCAGUGGGAGAAGAACUUGUACUACACUGUCCUGAAACGGGAGUCCCAGAAGGGCCUGUGGCAUGUGCUGGGGGACCUGAUCUACAACAACAAGUUCACCUUCACCAGGGUGGUCCCAGGCAGGGAUUAUUACUUCAGGGUUGUGGCAAAAAAUGACGUGGGAGCCAGUGAUCCAUCAGAGACUGUGCAGCCCUGGAGGAUCUGGAAAAAAAAGGCUGAAUUUCGAGUGAAAGCACAGAAAUACAGGGGAGUUAACCAGAACCAGCCCCCGAGGUUCCUGGUGCCGCUGAAGUGCCACGUGGUGGUGACAGGCAGCGAGUGCCACAUGAGCUGUGCUGUGGGAGGCCAUCCCCCACCAAAAGUCACUUGGUACAAGGACAGCAGAGACCUCUCCAGAGAUCCCAACUACUUCUGCACCAACGACUUCGGCGUGUGCUCGCUGGUGGUGCUGGGGGUCACCAAGCAGGACGAGGGCGAGUACAUGGUGGAAGCCAGCAAUGAAGUGGGCCGUGCCUUCAGCAAAGCCUUCCUCGCCAUCAAAGGUAAUGCACUGCUGCUUCCCUGGCAGAUCCAGGGCUGUCCCUGCUGCCCAGGGCCUCAGAAAUGGGGCCCAGCCAGCUCCACCUGCUGACAAAGCAAUGGUGCCUCUGGGAUGUUUAACUGAAUUCCUGAUCAUUGUACUCGUG